UUUAGGAUGGAGCCUUGCCAGGAUGAGUCGGCCCUAUGAACUGCCUAUCAGCAAUGCUCAGGCCUGUCACACUGACCCAACAUUGACCUCUGCCCCCAAUGACCCCUUCUCUCCCUCCUCAAAGCACAAUAACCCCAAUUCUAGACUAGACCCUCCACGUGCCAUGCAGAUGUCCACCGCCCCUGCCCUCAAACCUCCAUCCACCUAUGGGUUCAUGCCCAAGGACCUAUCCUCUUCCUACAGUCCUCUGAGAAGGCUACAGCACCUGACCACCAUGGUCAGCCACCCGGACCUGGUACAGCUUGGAGAGGGGGAGAGGGAGGUCUCGCACACCCGGAAUGCUGUUGGGAAAACUGACUUUGGGAAUUCCUUGGCCCUCACAGCUCCCCAGCCAGGCAGGAGAGACACAGACACCAGUAAGACUAAUCCUAGUGUGGAGAAGAAGAGUGACUGUUGCAUCUCUGACCCACCUAGUCCAGACUUUUCACUGGAUAGCAAUAGCCCUUUUGCGAAUGGCUGCCUGCACUUUGAGUCCACUUUGUUUGAUGAUGAUGAUGAAGAGGAUGAUGAGGAUACAGCUUUACCUCUGACAGACAGACAGAGAAAAGUUGGAAAGUCACCUGAACCACUUCCUGAAUUUUUAAACUUGAAGAUGGACAGCCCAAAGAAGAAGUCCCUUCCACCAGUAAAGUUUUUAGAGGGAGAAGUUAUAUGGGCAAAGUUCAACCGAAGACCGUGGUGGCCUUGUGAGAUGACAGUUGACCCAGUACAGGGAACCUACCACAAAAUGAAAGAGCCCAGUGAUAGGCCUUGUCGGCAGUACCACAUCAGGACCUUUGGAGAGCCGGUGGAACUGGCCUGGGUCGCAGGAAAAGCUACACAUACUUUUCAUGGAGGCUUUGAGUUUGAACAGCUCCCCUUGAUACGCAGGAGAGGAAGGCAAAGAGACAAAGACUACAAAUACACUAUACCCAAGCGUUUUAAAGCAUCGUGGAAAAACAGUGUGACUGAGGCAGAAGCUGUCCUCCCAGAGCGGCCCAAAAUGGUGGCCUCUAUACCUGACUCCAUAGAUACAACCCUCCAUGAUGGGUCCACAUCAGAGAAUGAGGACCUUCCAAUUCCCCCUUCCUCCAUUCCAUCUGCCUCUAUAUCCCCUGCACCAAGUCACAUAACAAACGGAACUGUGUCGCCACAAAGUAAACCUUCCCCAAUGAAAGGAAGCAUUUUCAAGAAGCCUCAGAGGAAGAAGAAUCCAACUAAAGCAUCAAAAGCUAAAAAUGAGUUCUUCAACACCGAAACAUUUGGAAGCACUGACAAGCCAGAAGAAUGUCCGUAUUUGGACCUUGACUCUAUCCCCAAUAUUUUGUGUCCUAAAGCACUUGAGCGUCAUUCCAAGCCCUCUCAGACUCAUUCCUCAGUUCCAGUAGUAGAAAAAGUGAAGAAGCAGCCGGAAGUCCAAACUGGCCUGUGGUUCAGCAAACCAGGAAAAGACAGGCGACUCAUCACUGCCACCUCCAUAUCUAAACACAGUUCCUUUAGCAAGGGCCCCUGCAAGAAAAAUACUCAAAUUGCAGCUGCUGUCAACAGAAAGACACAAGUGUCCAGUGUGGCAAUCAAGGAAUGCUCUAGUCAUCAGUUGAAGACUCCAGUGUCCAGUGUAAUAGUCAAAGAACGCCCUGCUGAUCAGUCGAAGACUCCAGUGUCCAAUGCAACAGUCAAAGAAAUGACUGCUGAUCAGUUUAAGACCCCAGUCUUAAGUUUACCCAAGCUCUCGGAUCAGUCGAAGGACCUGGGCAAGCAGCCUGCGCAUCUGCCCGCUAGCAACCGCCUCAUGACCAGAGCCCUUAAAGCUAUGGAGGAAGCUGAGCGGAAGGUAUCAUCUUCCACAAACACGUCCUCUGAUAAACCAGAGACCAAAACAAACUGUUAUACAGAGGACAAACCUUCAAAGGUUGACAACGAUAAUCAGAUCAUAGCUUUGCCAAAUUGCUCUUCAUCAAAGUUCACUAGGUCGAAGGACUUUGUGGCAGAGGUUAAGACAGAAAAUGAGAGCUUCUUUGUAUGCCAGAUGCCUGCAGACUUCAUACCUCUAACUUCUGGGAAGGAAAAGAAAGAGAAGUGUGUGUCUCACAUCUCCUCCUGUUCCUCUCCCUCGCCAUGCUUCUCUCCCAUGGAUGUCUUCAAAGACAUCAAAGAGUUAUCCUUCAAGUCCCUGGAAUCAAGUGAUGGUGAUGGAACACAUGUGUCUUUUAAACCAGACACUAACUACAAAUUCAGUACUUUCCUCAUGCUGCUGAAGGACGAGCACGAUACCAGGGAGAAACAUGGUACACCCUUGGAGCUGGAAAUCGGACCACCCAGUGCCCAUGUAAAAGAGGAGCCUUCAGUGGUUCCACCCAUACUGGGAGAAGAGUCACUCAGUCAAGGCCCUAUUCUCAGUAAAAGUCAACAGUGCAAGGGCAAAACAAAGGCCAAACCCAAGCUCAAGUCAACUCUGAAAGUAGAAAUCCCACAACUUGAAGGCAGCAUAAACCAGGACUUGAAAAGGUCAGCCAAAAAGAGAGGCUUGUCUGGGACUAAAAAUAAGCCUAAUGGAAAAGAGCCUUGUGGUAAGAGGUCUUCUGGACCUGGCUACCUUGGGAUGGAGGCCUCACACCAUCUUUCGAUCAAUGCCUGGCAGAAGUUUGACCAGGAUUCAGGGACAUUGGGGGGUUUGGGGGAGGGCUGCAGUGGGCUAAUGAAUGAGAGACUACAGAACAUGGUGCCUUUGGAGCAGGGUGGUGCAGACCCAUCGGUGUCCUUUCAGACAAAGACAAGGUUGGACCAGCAGAUUAUCCCUGCCAUCAAUUCUGCAAACACUACACAAAGUACUGGGGAAGGCCAGGAGGCUUCCACAGCACAUAAACGAAUUAGAAAACCAAGCAAAAGACUCAUAGAAUGGACAGAAGAGUAUGAUCAGAUAUUCUCCACAAGGAAGAAACAGAAAAAGGCCCUCCAGUCUUUGAGAAAGGUGGCACAAUCCAACAGCAACAAACCAGAUCCCCUACCAUCAGAGAAAACCACACAUGACCACGCCCCUCUGAACCCACUUCCUGAAAUACAAUCCCUGCCCCCAGGGGAACCAUCCAAGACCCCAAAUGGACAAGCCCCUCUCCGAAUAGAGAACACUCCCCCUCAGGAUGCGCCUAUCCUGUCCAUAGAUACUCUAACCCUGCCUCCUGAAGCAGACCCUUCGCUGUUGUGUGACAGUCUUACAAAGAAUGUUGGUGACGUUCCUUACUUGGAAACCAUCCGUAAGAGACAGAGAAAACCCACUCUGAAGAUUCUGGAAUACUCAGAGGCUGCCACAAUCCCAAAGAAAAAGGUCAAGUCCCUGAAGUCCAGCUCAUCAAGCCAUGCUGUUCAUUCAGGCUCUGGACAACACUCCUUUAAAUCAAAGAUCAAGCAACCAAUGACAUCCACCACUGCAUCCUCCACAAUGUUGCCCUGCACCCCUGCACCCUGCCCCCAGACCCAGAGUUGCAUGGAGAGGGGGUCAGACAUCGACCUCACCACGCACCCCACUAAGGACACUAAUCUCCAUGACGAUGGGAGGGACACCAUAGACCCAGAGGGUUUUACAUCCAGUUUCGAUGACAGCUUUUCAUCCAUGAGGGAGGAGUCUUCACAGUGCGAUGACACACUCUUCCCCAAUAAGAAGAUCAUAGUGGACAGAGGGGGCGCGGCCUCAUUGAAGGAGAAUGUGUGUCAGGUAUGUGAGAAGACUGGGGAGCUUCUACUGUGUGAGGGCCAGUGUUGUGGGGCCUUCCACCUCCAGUGUAGCGGCCUCACAGAGCCUCCUAAAGGGAAGUUCGUCUGCCAGGAGUGCAAGUCUGGUGUCCAUACCUGUUUUGUGUGUAAGAAGCCCGGGGAGAACGUGAGGCGCUGUAUGAUCCCAGUGUGUGGGAAGUUCUACCAUGGAGAGUGUAUCGCCAAUCACGCUCCCGUUGCCCCCCUGCACGGGGGCUUCCGCUGCUCCCUCCACGUCUGUCUGUCCUGCUUCAUCACUAACCCUGUCAACCCCUCCGUCCCCAAAGGUCGUCUGACACGCUGUGUGCGUUGCCCUGUGGCGUACCAUGCCAACAAUUACUGCAUGGCAGCGGGCAGUGUGGUUCUGGCCAACAACAGCUUCCUGUGUCCCAACCACUUCACCCCCCGCAGGGGAAUCCGCAACCAUGAACACGUCAACGUCAGCUGGUGCUUUGUCUGCUCUGAAGGGGGCAGUCUGUUGUGCUGUGAGUCGUGUCCUGCUGCCUUCCACCGGGAGUGUCUGAACAUCGACAUGCCCGAGGGCAGCUGGUUCUGUAACGACUGCCAGGCUGGGAAGAAGCCCCACUAUAAGGACAUCCUGUGGGUCAAAGUGGGCCGGUACAGGUGGUGGCCUGCGGAGGUCAACCAUCCCAAGAACAUUCCGGAGAACAUCCUACGUAUGAGGCACGACGUAGGAGAGUUCCCUGUGCACUUCUUUGGCUCCAACGACUACCUGUGGACCUACCAAGCCAGAGUCUUCCCCUACAUGGACGUAGACACCAACAACAAGGAGAAGAUGGGGAAGGGUGUAGACGUCAUCUACAAGAAAGCUUUGGAGGAAGCUGCUCGCAGGUUUCUGAAACUGCAGGCGGAGAAAGAACUGAGACAGCUUCAGGAGGACAGGAGGAAUGACAAGAAACCCCCUCCAUACAGACACAUCAAGGUGAAUCGGCCAAUCGGGAAGGUGCAGUUCAUCAUGGCCGACCUAUCAGAGAUCCCACGCUGUAACUGCAAGGCGUCAGACGAGAACCCGUGUGGCAUUGACUCUGAGUGUAUUAACCGCAUGCUGAUGUACGAGUGCCACCCCCAGGUGUGCCCGGCGGGCAAUGGCUGCCUGAACCAGGCCUUCACCAAACGCCAGUACAGCCAGGUAGAGAUCUUCAGGACGCUGGCACGAGGCUGGGGCCUCCGCUGUGCCCAUGACAUCAAGAAGGGGGAGUUUGUGAAUGAGUACAUAGGAGAAGUGAUCGAUGAGGAUGAGUGUCGGGUCAGGAUCAAACAUGCCCAGGAUAACGACAUCUGUAACUUCUACAUGCUGACUCUGGACAAGGAUCGGAUCAUUGAUGCUGGGCCAAAAGGGAACCAGGCCCGCUUCAUGAACCACAGCUGCCGGCCCAACUGUGAGACACAGAAGUGGACGGUGAAUGGAGACACACGUGUGGGGCUUUUCACUCUCAUAGAUGUCCCUGCAGACACAGAGCUGACUUUCAACUACAACUUGGAGUGCCUUGGGAAUGGGAAGACUGUGUGUAAAUGUGAAGCUCCAAACUGCAGCGGCUUCCUAGGAGUUCGGCCAAAGAACAACCCUCCAGCAGAUGACAAGGGCCGCAAACUGAAGAAGAAGGUCCUGGCUAAACGGAAGAACAAGAUGGAGGUGACCAAGGAGAGGGAGGAUGAGUGCUUCAGUUGUGGGGAUGGGGGACAGAUUGUGUCCUGUAAGAGACCAGGCUGUCCCAAGGUCUACCACGCAGACUGUCUCAACCUCGCCAAGAGGCCUGCAGGUCGGUGGGAGUGCCCGUGGCACCAGUGUGACCUGUGUGGUAAGGAGGCAGCCUCCUUUUGUGAGAUGUGUCCCAGCUCUUACUGCACACUGCACCGCGACGGCAUGCUCUUCAUCUCCAAGCUGGACGGACGGCUGUCCUGCAGCGAACACGACCCCUGUGGACCAGACCCCCUGGAGCCAGGGGAGAUCAGGGAGCACCUACCCGACAUCUGUGCUCUCUCACCGGGCCUGGGGGCUGGCGUAGUUAUCCCUGGUGCUGCUGUGGCUGGUGCUGCUGCUACAGUCACUACCACAGGGACAGGGGACCCCCAGCCGUGCCCUGGUCCUGAGUCUGAGUCUUUCCCCCCUCUCCCUAGCUCUAGCCCCAUCUCUAGCCCAAUCUCUGGCCCCUCCUUUGGCCCCAUCUCUGGUCACUUUUCUGGCCCAAUCUCUGGCUCCUUUUCUGUCCCAAUAUCUGGCCCCAUAUCUGGUCCCUUCUCUGGCCCCAUCAGCACCCCUCUACCCAGCUCUGAGGCCCCCGAUAGCGCUCACCUAUUCCUUCCCCAGUACUCACCCAUCUCUUCCUACGAAGAUGAGAAAGAAGAAAUUGAGGAUCCUUUGGGUGAAGAGGGGGAUGGAGAGGGGAUGGAGGGAGAGUUGGAGGAUGGUGAGAUGGAGGGUCUUGAGUUGAAAGAUGAAGAGGAUGAGGAGGAGGAAGAAGAAGUAGAAGAACAAGAGGAGGAGGAGGAGGAAGAAGAAGAAGAAGAGGAGUAAAGACAUCAUUUUUCAACAACUCUGCAUGGUGGCUUAUCAUUCCACACAGUCCAUACAGGGGGAGGGGACAUGUACACUGAUCAGCCAAACUACAGAAUAGCCCUGUCAAUCACUGUUCUUAUUGUCCAGUGAGCAUGUGAUUGUCCUGAAGGUCUACCAUGUGGGAGAAGGGCUACCUGCUUGUUCUUGAGGGUGGGCCUGAGCUCAGCAUCAUGUAGAUUCACUCAUCUUUGUAUAUAAGGAUAUGUUCUUGUCCAGAGGAUUUAUAGAUCUGUGUAUUCACACACCGCCUUGUUCAGUCAGACCCCCGAGAAAUAGCAGGAUGUUACAAUGGGGUCUGGAGCUGGUGUGUCGAAACGGAGUAGGAUGGAGUUGCCCCUGGACACUGAUUUGUGGUCACGUCUAGCAUUUUCCCCCUAAUAGUCAAGGUUACGGUUUGGGGUGGGUACACUAAUCCUGGAUCUGUGCUUAAGGGCACAAUGAGGUAUGAUGGGAACUGUAUUCAUAUAGCUAGGCCCAUUUGGAUCUCUUCAUGGUUCAUUGUCGAAGCUGCUGGUUUUUGUUUUAGAACAUGUUUACACUUCUGCACCUACUCUUGGAGGACACAGCAACUAACUUAUCUGCAGGGUCAUCUUUUUCAAAGGGGAGACUGAAGAGAAGCGGUACAGUGCUGUCAAAGGCACGGAUAUCCCCUCAUGAGCAAGUAGCCUAUAGUGUGUUAGAUGAGCCUGUCUCUGUUUCUCUCUGAAGCAACUCUCCUGCAUGGCACAAAUGAGUAAUGCUGUGAAAUGAGUACGUCAGCCAUGAAAAUUAUUAGUCACACUAUCAACCAGUCCUUUCAUCCUUGUCAUUGUUGUGCAGUGCACAGUCUAUAUCCGUAUCUGUUGAUGAUCAUUAAUCUACUGUCUCUGCUGCCCUCUGCCUUACCACACCAAAUGAUACAGACACCUAGACAAUACACAUACAGUCAAAUUGCUUAGUUAGUACAUGUGGGUAGUACAUCAAGGAGAUGGCUUGAUAUUGAACAUGCCCAAAUCCUAAUCCAUGACAGCACUUUGCGUUCCCCCCUAACCCUGGCAUUGCAUCGCCAUUAGCUCUUCUGUACUGAUAUCUGUUUGAGUGCAGUUGGCUGUACUGUAGGUCUUUGAACACAAGCUUCCUCACAUGGUGGAGCUUUGUCUAGAAACUGAACUGAACCUUCAAUGUGAAAGUGCCAUUGUACUCAGCUGUUGAGUAAGCUGCUUGACGUAACCUUAUCACUAAGAUAGCUAGCUCUUGUGUGUGAAUUAUACUCUCUAUGACGUAUUUAUGUAGAACUUUAUAACGCACAAAUUAAGACGGGACUGAUUUAUAGUAGUGGCAUUGCUGUGUCUCUUUAUAUCAUCCAUACUUCCUAUUUGAAAGGCUAUACUCCUGCCUUUGGUUUAGCACUAAAAAUGACAGAUCUGGUGUGUUCCCCUGCUAAAAUGCUUUCACUACAGUAUGUUUGUCUCUGCUAUGUGUUUUGUCCCUCUUGAAGCUUGUCUCUGUCUCGCUGUCUUUGUUGUGUCCGUUUUUCAUCUUUACUUAUGCCUUUUCAAUUGAGUCAAUCAGUUUUGGGGUUUCUGUGAAAGAAGGGAGGUGAAGUUGAUUCCCGGAGGGCCAUAGAACAGAAUGAAGUGGAUUUGCCAUUUCCCUGUUAUGGGAAUGUUGUGUUUCCAUUUCUGAAGCUUGUAUAUCAUGCCUUUACAAUAAGCAAUAUUUGUAGUGCUUAAUAUCGCCCAAUUUUGUAACUUUAGUCAUGUCGAAGUAUCUCUAGCAGCCUUUAUGUAUUAAAACUUAACUGGCUUAGUUUUAAUUCAUCGUGCAAAGAUGUGCAAUUUCUUACAUUUGAAUAGAAAUUCAACCAGUUUUUUUAAUGAUUUGAAAAAUGUAGGAAACAGUUCGGUCCCUUCUUAUCCAUAUACUGUACUGUGAAGGUCGCCAUGGUGCCCACUGCUGUUGCUCCAAUAUAGAGAUACAGGCACCAUCGUCAUGGCCUGACUUGAACAUCUUCACCCAGAGGUUAUACAGUAACUCAUAAUUGUAUUUUAAUAGCACUAAAACAAAUACGAUUUUUAACAACACAGAUAUAAGAUCCUAACUGAUUAAUACAUCUGUUGGAAGAAUAUUUGUGCCUGUCCUUCCAAAAUCGUAUGUAAUAUGUAUAUACAUAACAUUUGUAUAUAAAAGCUAAAUAUGAUUAAUGAAAAAAACAUGACCUUCAAAUAAGUCUAGAGCCAGAAGAUAUGCGUUCUCUGGUCUCAGCUCUGUCAUCAACCUGUCUAACAAACAAGAUCACUUCAACUUUAAUACAUAUUGGUUGUUGGUUGAGCUGCUGUCAACAGAUGUGUUAAAUAACACUUUAUAUUGCUGUAACAAUAUCACAGUCAUCAAGCAGAUAAUAGUAGGCUAUGAUAGCACAGUAUGAGGAGGUCGAGGGUCAUUUCUGGUCACAUCACAUGAGUCAGAAAUCGGAAGAGUAGGGAGAUGAAACUCCCAACUAUCACCACAGUACUUUGGAACUUGUGAUACGAUAAUGAGCUGUAUAUCUUUUUCUACAUUGUCAGUUACCCCUCCGUCCUCUUUGAAGGGUUGUCUGAUAAUGCACAAAGAGUUGGGAGGCUGUAUCACUGUUUAUAUACAUUCAUACACAUGUAACAAAGGUUGUUGUUUUUUUUGCUUUCUUGCUUCUUAGCUUCGGACUCCCUUCCCUCUCUGCCUUAUUCAGACAUGUGUAAUUCAUCUGUUCAAAAUGUAACUGUUGAGAGUUCAAUAAUAUCCUUCUGCCUUGUGAGGAGAUUGAAAGGUGUUGUAUUUCUUUGUACAUAAUAAAGAAAAAGCUAAGUUGCAAUUACAUGA